AUGGAGAAACUGCUCUCCCGACGGGCACGCAGGAUGGGCCACCCCGGCCUGUGCGCUUUGGAGCUCAGGCCACCGCCGGUCCCCGAGCGUCCAGCAGGCCGCUGCCCCCAGAGGGAGGCACAUCCCCCGAAGGGCUCCCUGCGGCUCGGCUCGGGGCUGCUCAGUAGCCGGGCUGCAGGCCUGAUUCCUGCCCCCGCCCGGCCGCCCGCCCGGCCGCCCGCCCGGCCCUGGGCCCACGGGAGCACAGGUGGGAGCGGCCGGGAGCCUCCUGGGCCGGCGGGGCAGCUGUUCCCAGGCCGAGCGAGCCUUUGCAGCGGCUCCGUCCCUGCCCCCACCGAGGCGGCCUCUGUCGCGCGGACGGCCAAGCGACCUCUUGGAUCGGAGGCCUUCCUGCCAACCGUGCCCGGAACAGAUGGGGACGGGUCUCCUGGGCACGUCCAGCUGAGGCGGAUUUCACAGCAGGCGGAAGAGCAGGCGGGGGAGCAGACAAGCCAGCCCCUUCCCACGGCCACUUGGGAGGCCACACUGCUCGCCCAGCUGUCCCCCCUCUCCCUGCAAGGGCGGGGCCUGAGGCGGGGGCUCGGGCGGGCGGCGACAGCCUCCAGCCAGGCCUCGGGCGGCCCAGCUCCCUGCCCAUCCGGAUCCGCCGAGGGGGGGCCUGCCCGUCGUGUCACCGGACCCCCACCAGCCGCGGCACCAGGCCGGCCCCUCUCUAGGCCCGGCGCCCCCUCCCGCCCCCGCCGCCCCGUCCCUGCUCCCAUCUGGCCCCUCCCGACCUGUCCCCUUCUGCGCCCACCCCGCCUGGUCUUGCCUCUGUUUCCCCAUUUGCUCCACCCGCGUCACCCCCGUGAGUCCAGUCACCGCGUCUGGGAUCUGCUGCUCCUCUCCUGGCCCGUUUCUCGCCCCAGGGACCAGGUCCUCUUUCCAGCAGGGCGUGGCUCCGUCUCGCCCCGGCCUCGCUGUCGCCGCGGAAGGCGCAAGGUGCCUGGGGUUGGGCUGCCAGAACGAAAUACCACGGACCCACGGACGCGGCGGCUGAACCCACGGACCUUCAUCUCCCGCGACAGGGCUGGGAAGCCGGGCCCGGGUGCCCAUAGACGGGGGGCGCAGGCUUGGAAGGCCGCUGUCCUUGCCGUGUCCCCAGCCAAGGGAGAGUUCCCAUAAGGGUGCUAAUCCCUCCUGGGGCUCCCCCCGCGUGACCUCCCUGACCUAGGAGCCCCUCAAGGACCAUCGCACUGGGAUCAGAGGGUCCCGUCUAUGGGUUCCGGGGUGCGGGGCCCAGACGUUCCACCUGCGGCCUAUCCUGGAAGCCUAAGGACCCCUGAAGUAGAGGCUGAGGGUUCUGCUCAAAACAACCGUCCUCUGCACCGCUGUGUGAUGAGCAGGGCCCGGGCACAGAGGGCGCCUCGGGGGGAAGAAGGCCCGGGGUCUGCACCCCAGGAGCGCACAGUCACCCAGAGGAGCAGCGUCACGUCACGGGCACCAGGAGGGCGGGC